GUGGAGUUUUUCUGCCCGCCACGUCCGCUCUCCUGCAGCGAAUGAGGCAUUAAACCCCGUGUGCAAAAACCAAGGCGGCACUUUCGGCAAUGGACGACUGCCUCGCUCCCAUCCUCGCCCUCCGCCUACUCUUCUUGGCGACCGCAUCAAUUGUCCUGCUAGUGUACGCCAUCCCACCCUUUCGUACACGCUUUCUGGCCUACGGCUCGCGCGCCCCGACCGGUCAGAGCACCCCAGCGUCACGCUCAAACAACGUGUUCGCCCGUCUGCUCGACCAUCUCGCGACUUAUCGCGUCCCGCACGCCUGGUUCACGCACUUCUACGUCCUUUCUGUCUUCUGUUCCCUCUUCUGGCUGUGCCAGUAUGCGCUUGGCGGCAGCCUGCUGGGAUCCCUCGCGAGCAAGGCGACACAAACGGGCACAGCCUCCAUGUCCACCGGCCGGCUUCAGGUAGCUUGGGCUCUUAUGUUGGUACAAGGCUUACGACGCUUGUACGAGUCCAUCGCCCUGUCCAAGCCUUCUACCUCCAAAAUGUGGAUUACUCACUGGCUCCUUGGCCUCCUCUUUUACGGCGGCAUGUCGGCUGCAGUUUGGAUAGAAGGAUCACCGGCGCUGCACGUCGCCCCAGGAGCGACAUCGCAGCUGCCGUCAGACGUUAAAACACUCCUGGGAAUAGGUCUCUUCGGUUGGGCUUCUGCGAAACAGCACGAAAGCCAUGUUCACCUUGCCUCACUGCGCAAGUAUACGUUGCCCACCCAAAGCUCUUUCAGGCAUAUUGUCUGCCCUCACUACACGUUUGAAUGCCUCAUCUACCUGGCACUGUCGUUCGUUGCUGCGCCCGAAGGCCAGUGGCUGAACAAGACGGUCUUGUGCGCACUGAUUUUCGUCGCCGUGAACCUGGGAGUGACGGCCGACGGGACGAAGGAGUGGUAUGCCGCUAAGUUUGGCGAGGACGGGGUCAAGGAGCGCGCGAGGAUGGUGCCGUUCAUCUGGUGAGGAGUAGCAGGGGGCAAGGGGCUAGCGCGCGGCUGGAGAGGGUUGUUGAUAUUGAUUGCAAAAAAGUAGCGUGAGGCAGGGAUUGUUGGGGGGUCGGGAACGGCACGGUUGGCUGGGGGCACGACAGAAAACAGCGUGUGGGAGGUUGCUUGCACGCGCAAAUUUAAGCGUUGAUCAAGACAUGUUGUGCUCGGCG